AAAAAAAAAAAAAAAACGGAAGAAGGGAAGGAGUCAGUAUGUAACCGCGGCCACUUUUCGGCUGCUGCCAGACGCGCCGAGAGGAGGCGGUUUAGGAGGAGGCCGGCGAAGGGCGGCCGGGCGGGCAGGCAGAGCGAGCGAGCGGGGCGCCUGGCGUGCUUGUCAGGCGGGGCAGGAAACGGGGGCAGCGAGGCCGGCGGAGAGAGCCGAAACCUGUUGAGGUCUCGCCGCCGCGGACUGGGGGGGAGAGAGAAGCCGCCGAGCCGAGAAGCGCGGGAUGUGGCUGGCUCGCCUCCCCGCCCCUCCGUCCUGACCGCGCGAGGGAGGCCGAGCGCUGCCCCGCCAGCCAGCCCGCCCGCUUGACUUGGACCGAGCCGCGUUUCUUUGGACUGGCUUCGGCCGACCGCCCCCGGCCUCCCCGCCGCGGACGCCCCGGGACCGCCACGCCGAGCGGCGAGAGGACGCGCGCCGGAGCUGCCCUCUCGGCCCCGCCAAGGUGCCCCAGCCCGCCGCCUGGCCGCGAGCCCCGCCGGCGGCGAGGAGCCCGAGAAGCGCGACGGGGCCCCGGGAAGACGCGCCGCCCGAGGAGCGCCUGGCGGCCGGAGCGGCCGGGACUGGUAGCGGCGGCAACGGCCCGACCUGCGGAGGCGCCUGGGGCGGCUUCCCUCCGCGCCUGGCUUCGGAGCGGCCCGCCGUGCGCUGUUGGGCACCUGGCCCGUUGCGCCCUGGGCGCGCGUUUGCCUCGCCUCUCGGCCAGCAGCAGCAGCAGCCCCGCCGCCGCCUCCUCCCUCCUCCUCCUCCUCCUCCUCCCCUAACGCCCGCUGUUGUGAUGCGUAUUCCCGUAGACCCCAGCACCAGCAGGCGCUUCACACCUCCCUCCACGGCCUUCCCCUGCGGUAAGAUGGGAGAGAACAGCGGCGCCCUCAGCGCGCCCAUCCCGGGACCUCGCAGCCGGCCCGAGGCGCGCUCGGUGGUGGACGUCCUGGCCGAUCACCCGGGCGAGCUGGUGCGGACCGACAGCCCCAACUUCUUGUGCUCGGUGCUGCCUUCCCACUGGAGAUGCAACAAGACCCUCCCCGUGGCCUUCAAGGUGGUAGCCCUUGGGGACGUUCCUGAUGGGACAGUGGUAACGGUCAUGGCUGGUAAUGAUGAAAACUACUCGGCUGAGCUUCGGAAUGCUUCGGCUGUAAUGAAGAAUCAGGUGGCCAGGUUCAAUGACCUUCGCUUUGUCGGACGGAGUGGCCGAGGAAAAAGCUUUACGUUGACCAUCACAGUCUUCACCAACCCUACUCAGGUUGCUACGUAUCACCGGGCCAUUAAAGUGACCGUCGAUGGGCCCCGGGAACCGAGAAGGCACAGGCAGAAAUUGGAAGAACAAACGAAAUUCCAAGAUCGUUAUGGAGACCUGGAAAGGCUUCGGCACUCUAUGAGGGUCACUCCAACGACCGCCAAUUCUCGAGGGUCCCUGGGUGCCCCAGGGCACUUUGGUACACAAGCUCAGAGCCAAAUUCAAGAAAAACACAGUAACAAAGCUUUCAAUGAUACCAACAACUUUUUACUGAAAGGUACCUCUGAACUCAGCCCCUUCUCUGACCCACGGCAGUUUGAUCGGUCCUUCUCUGCUCUACCAGGCCUUACCGAGACCCGGUUUCCAGAUCCAAGAAUGCAUUACCCUGGUGCCAUGCCUGCGGCCUUCCCUUACACAGCGACACCAUCGGCUACAGGAAUCGGUGGCCUCAGUAUGACCAGCAUGCCAACAGCCACUAGGUUCCACCACACCUACCUUCCCCCACCGUACCCCAGCUCCACCCAAAACCAGAGUGGACCUUUCCAGACCAAUCCCUCCCCCUACCACUUGUACUAUGGUGCAUCCUCCGGGUCAUACCAGUUCUCCAUGGUGGCAGGAGGAGAGCGCUCGCCAACCCGGAUGCUGCCCUCUUGCCCAAGUGCCACAGCAGGAAACAACUUGAUCAAUCCCAGUCUCACCAGUCAGGCUGAUGGUGUGGAAGCAGACGGGAGCCAUAGUAACUCCCCGACAACCAUGACAACAACUGGGAGAAUGGACGAAGCUGUCUGGAGACCAUAUUGAAAAAGGACUGAAGGCCAAGCCAUGUUCUUCAGAAAUUGGUGAUUCAAAGGAGAGAAGAACCAAAAAAGAGCUGCAACUGGUGAUCCUGUCCACUCCAUCCCCAAAGUGGCGUUGGCAUCCCAAAUGAGAUCGUUCUUGUCCAAAACAUCGAUCAUAAGAAAUAAAACAAGCACAGGAAGGCUAGCAAUAGCAUGAAUUGGGAUUCAUUUCGAAACAAAUCUUCACGGGUUCUUCUCAACAAAUGGUCUGCCUGGGGCAUCCAGGUGGAUUGGGACUACUUGGAGUUGUUACCUGCACACACCUUGGUGGCUCUCAGCCACGAAAGACUGUCUGUUGUGUCCAGAACAGACAAAAGAAUGGGUAGAAAAGAAAUACUUUACUUGGUUGUAAAUGGCCAAACACAAAAAGUUCUGCCUUUCCAACUCGAUGCCUCCCAGAUAGGUCAAAUAAUACCUUCCAGUAUCCCCAGCCAGUUUGGAGAUUAUGGGAGGUGUAAUCCAACACAUCCAGAGAGUGCCUGCUUAGAGAAAGCUGUGUUUAGCAAUCAUCUCAAAGGCCAAGCAGUGUUUCAAAUGAAUGGAUGGAUGCAUGGAUGCAUGAUGGAUCAAAGGUCUCUCAAAUAAUGGAGCUGAUGGCAGAGGUCUGUGAAUCCAGGUCAGACUGAAGUUAAGAUCAGAAUGUUUUCCUGUUUUGCACUGCACACUUUCUCCUCUCUAAGAGGAGGUAAGAGCAAAACAAAAAACAAACAAACAAACAAAAAAACCCAGGGCAGAAGACAAAGCUUGGUGAUAGAAUGGGAAUCCAACAGAUCCUAUACAGAACACGUGAAAAGAUUAUGCCAUUUCAGUCCCACGAAAAAAUAUACGGUACAAGUGUGGUUUUCUUCCCUGGGACCUGGGUCAGGAUUCUCCUUCUGAAUUUGAGCUGAAGCAUUUUGGAUGUCCCACUUUUUCCCAUUAAGAUGUUGAGCUGGCUUUUUAAACCCUCGUUCUGAUAUCCCUAGAUAAGUCAUAAGCGUAGAAAGGUGCAAUCUCCCCGUCAGGAGCCAACAAGCUGGAAUGCUGAUGGCCAUCUGCCCCAGAGAUGGAGAGUGAAUCCAUUCUUUCCAUCUCUUUCUAGCUACUUAUGAAUUGGUGACCAACUGAUGGGUGCUUCUCCAAUCAAGAAGCAUAAGUCUGCUUCUUGCUGAGAAAGUAAGUCUCAUCCAGCUGACAUACACAUUGGGGGGGCUCCAAAUGUCAGCCUCUUCCACAAAAGACCUGGGUAGAGAAGAACAGCCCAGCAGGGGACAAAGCUAGUUAGAACCCUUUCCUGUCCUAUCAAAAGCUGCUCUUAAGGAAGAAAAAAAAAUCUUCUACUAACUCAAGUCAUGGAUUCACACAACCAACUUAACCAGAUCACUUACAAACCCUAGCAGCUUCAAAUUGCACAACGCAGAGAGUUAGAAUAUUUUAAUCUUGGUUUUUUGGAAGGAUCAUUGCUUUUGGGAAGGGUUGUAUGCACACAGCUUCACAUGUUGGGUGAACACAACCCAUUGGGGUUCAUUUGUUCUGUGAACGUGAAAUUCCAGAAAUUAGUCGGUUCUCAAAUCAGAGUAGGUGUGUCUGCCUGAUUCUUUGGGCUGCUCCUUUUCAUCCGUAAAGGAUGUAGAGGUCUUGAUCUAUUCCUUGUGGUCAGGAAUCAAAACCGGCCCGAGUUUCUUGAUCAGGCAGAAAAGUUCCCCAUCAGUUUUGUAACACUGGGCCCUUUCAAAUCAACGGCUUGUGGACGACUUAACACUUUAGGAGCAGAGCAUACAGUAUGUUCUGAUUGUCCCAAGUCCAGCCUUUUGUCUUCGCCGCCUAAGGCGAGCUAGACAGCAUCCCAGAUAACACCGGGAAAGUUACCUAUUUAGAGAUAGUCCUCGACUUACAACAGUUCAUUUAGUGACUGUUUGAAGUUACAGCCGCACUGGAAAAAAGUGACUUAGAACCGUUUUUCACAUUGACGGCCGUUACAGCACCCCCAUGGUCACUCACGUGGUGAUUUACAUUUGGAUGCUUGGCAACUGACUCACAUUUAUGACACAGUCAAUGGGGAAGCCAAAUUCCCUUAACGACCAUCGUUACCAACUGA